GGCGUCCCGACUGCUCGCUCCCGCGCGCCACCAACCAUGGAAACCGAGGUUGAGGACCGCGCAGUGGAUGUGGCGACGGCGGGAAGCACGUGGCCUGGCCCCUCCCGUCGCCGCCGGCUCCUCGAGUUCCUCCUCCACGCCUCCAAGCGGCUCGACCUCCGGCCCGUCGUCAAGUACACCGCGCUCUCCUUCUUCGCCGAUCGCCUCCUCCCCUCCCUCCCGAGGAAGAUGGGAUUCUGUGGUGCACGGGGUGGGCGAGCUGUGAGCUCCUGGCUGCUCGAGCCUCUGAGGGACAGCAACCUGGAGCUCUUCGCCCUCGUCGCGGUGUGGAUCGCCAGCAAGAUUCACGAGCUGAAGCCGCUCUCGGUGAAGAGCCUCAAGGCGCUCGGUGAUCGCAUCAUCGCAGACCAGCAUUUCACUUGCCGCGAUUUCGCCAAUGCUGAACUGGUGUUCAUGGAGGUAGUGGAGUACAACAUUGGGUCCUUGAACAUUGCUUUUACAUACCUAGAAGAGCUUCUCGUGCAGUUCAGGGAAAUAUCAAAAGUAGGUGAUCUUUUAAAUAUGGAUGUUUGCAUGGAAAUUUUGGAUGUUCUUUAUGAGACUGAAGAUAGUUCAUGGCUUUUUAACUCUCCCUGUCAACUUGCUGCUUCAGCUCUUGUUACUGCAUAUGUAAUAUCAGUUCCUAAGCAGAGAUGGGAGUUUCCGAUCCUUCCUUGGGUCACAUUUACAACGUCAUAUGAUGAAGAAGAAAUCAUGAAGGUUGCUCUGACUAUUCUAAUGCACGUGCUUAAGCCAGAUGAAAUGAAACAGAAGGGCAAUAGAGGUUUCAAUAUCUGAGGCUUGUAGUGAAUAGUUUAUGCGUAGAGCAUGAGUCCCAGUUUUGCUGUUGUAAGCAGUACUGUCAUGUAACUGUAAGUAUCGCUGUACAUGUUUUUAGAAGGUCGCGUAGCCCGUCUGGAUCUGCCAUUGUUGAGACCAAAAUGUUGAAAAUGCAAGGGAAUCGAAGCAUAUGACGGUUCAACUGAUUUCGGUGAUUGGGGACUGAGAUCCCAUGACUUAACUAGUUCACGUCAGAGGAGGCAUUUCCCAUGAUUGGAUAUUACAAUCAGCUAAGGGGGUCGUUUCA